AUGUCUGUCCCAACUACUCAAAAAGCUGUUAUUUUCGAAACCAACGGUGGUAAGUUGGAAUACAAAGAUAUCCCAGUCCCAAAACCAAAAGCAAAUGAAUUGUUAAUCAACGUCAAAUACUCUGGUGUCUGUCACACUGAUUUACACGCUUGGAAAGGUGACUGGCCAUUGGCUACUAAAUUGCCAUUGGUUGGUGGUCACGAAGGUGCUGGUGUUGUUGUCGCCUUGGGUGAAAACGUUAAAGGCUGGAAAGUUGGUGAUUACGCUGGUGUUAAAUGGUUGAACGGUUCUUGUUUGAACUGUGAAUACUGUCAAUCAGGUGCUGAACCAAACUGUGCUGAAGCUGAUUUAUCCGGUUACACCCACGAUGGUUCUUUCCAACAAUAUGCUACUGCUGACGCUGUUCAAGCUGCCAGAAUCCCAGCUGGUACCGACUUAGCCAAUGUUGCACCAAUCUUAUGUGCUGGUGUCACCGUCUACAAAGCUUUAAAGACUGCUGAAUUAGAAGCCGGUCAAUGGGUUGCUAUUUCCGGUGCCGCUGGUGGUUUAGGUUCUUUAGCUGUUCAAUACGCCAAGGCCAUGGGUUACAGAGUUCUUGCCAUCGAUGGUGGUGAAGACAAGGGUGAAUUCGUCAAAUCCUUGGGUGCUGAAACCUUUAUUGAUUUUACCAAAGAAAAAGACGUUGUCGAAGCUGUCAAGAAGGCCACCAAUGGUGGUCCACAUGGUGUUAUCAAUGUCUCUGUCUCAGAAAGAGCCAUUGGUCAAUCCACUGAAUAUGUCAGAACUUUAGGUAAAGUUGUUUUGGUUGGUUUGCCAGCUGGUGCUAAAAUUAGUACCCCAGUCUUUGAUGCUGUUAUCAAGACCAUUCAAAUUAAAGGUUCUUAUGUCGGUAACAGAAAAGAUACUGCUGAAGCCGUUGAUUUCUUCACAAGAGGUUUGAUCAAAUGUCCAAUCAAGAUUGUUGGCUUAUCCGAAUUACCAGAAGUUUACAAAUUGAUGGAAGAAGGUAAAAUCUUGGGUAGAUAUGUCUUGGACAACGACAAAUAA